CGUGGCGCGCGGGGUUGCGAGGGGGGGGGUGGACCUCGGCCGGAGGGUCGCGCGUGUGUGCUCCGUGCUCCCCUCGCGCGAGGCCACGCGAGGAGAGCGGCCGCACGCACUGCAGAGAGCUCACUUUGUUCUUUACGGUCCCCGUCGCCCGCGGCCCCUCCGCGCUCCCGCCGCCCCCCCUGCGCAUUGAUCCGCGCGCGCGGCGCUGUCGAUAAGUUUGCAAGGAGCCAAAGUCAAGUGCGAGCGGCGUGCGCGCAGAGCCGGGCCGCGCUCCCGGGGUCCAGCCCGGGUGUUGGCGGCAGCCGCAUCCCCGGCCGCGCGCCCGCCCCCAAGAUGGCGGCCGAGGGGGGACCGCGGGGGGCCCGGGGGCCGAGGCCGGCCAGGGCUGUACGGGCGACCAGGGGGCCGCGCGCAAGACGGCGCCUGGACUGGCGGCGGCUGCAGGUGAGCAGACCAGCCCGCCUUUGUUCGCUGCCGCCACGAGCGGCCGCCGGGACGCGGGAGCCGCCGAGGCGGGAGGAGCGCGGGGAACGGGAGGAGCGCGGGGAGCACGGAGAGCGCGCGGGCAACGCGGGGGAGCGGGACGCGGCUGCGCAGCCAUCCAGCCGCCGCCGCCGCCGCCGCCUCCUCCACCGGCUGCUGCAGCCAGGACGCUCGGUGCUCCUCCCGGGCCGAUCCCUGAGGAAGGAGCUUAGUUCUGUCGCCUCGGAGCUGUCUGCGCCACAGGAGGAAAGCGGACUUUCUCCUAAACAUUUCAUUGAACUCCGCCGGGAAUUUAAGAAAGAUGUGCCAGAGGGAAUCAGAGCGAUGGUAGCUCCGGUGCUGAAGAGCUUCCAGGCUGAGGUGGUGGCUCUCAGUAAAAGAAGUCGGGAGGCAGAGGCGGCGUUCCUGAGUGUUUAUAAGCAAUUGAUUGAAGCACCAGACCCUGUCCCAUCAUUUGAGGUGGCGCGGACUCUAGACGACAGACUGCAGCGUCCCAGCUUUGACCCCAGUGGGCAGCGCCUACAAGACGUGCACAUCGCGUGGAAGAGGUGCCCAGAGCCACCCAGUGCCAGAGAGCAGAACGAGGGGACGUGUCCCACGGGGCACACGCCAGCCAACGGUAACCACCUGCCAGGUCCCGAGGACACCCUCGUGACAGACACCUUGCUGCAGAAGAAUGAGGCCGAGAGACAGAAGGGUCUCCAAGAAGUCCACAUCACCUUGGCAGCCAGGCUGGGGGAGGCAGAGGAGAAAAUCAAGGUGUUACAUUCAGCGCUAAAGGCCACACAGACAGAGCUGCUGGAGCUGAGGAGGAAAUACGAUGAGGAGGCUGCUUCCAAGGCCGAUGAGGUCGGCUUGAUCAUGACGAACCUGGAGAAGGCCAACCAGCGAGCAGAGGCUGCCCAGCGUGAGGUGGAAAGCCUUCGGGAGCAGCUGGCGUCAGUCAACAGCUCCAUUCGCCUGGCUUGCUGUUCCCCCCAGGGACCCAGUGGGGAGAAGGUGAGCUUUGCUCUGUGUUCAGGGCCGCGGCUGGAGGCAGCUCUGGCCUCCAAGGACAGAGAGAUCCUGAGGCUGUUGAAGGACGCCCAGCAGCUUCGACAUUCCCUGCAGGAGCUGGAGGAGGUCUCAGCCAACCAAAUCGCUGACCUGGAGCGGCAGCUAGCUGCCAAGUCCGAGGCCAUAGAGAAACUCCAAGAAAAGCUCGAGGCCCAGGCUGACUAUGAAGAGAUUAAAACAGAGCUGAGCAUCCUGAGAGCCAUGAAGCUGGCCUCCAGCACCUGCAGCCUCCCACAGACGCUGGCCAAGCCUGACGACCCGCUGCUUGUGGCCAAGGAUGUCUUCUUCCCCACACAGAAGUUCCUACUGGAGAAGCCUGCGCUGCUGGCCAGCCCUGAGGAAGACCCCUCGGAGGAUGACUCCAUCAAGGGCUCACUGGGCACGGAGCCCCCCUACCCUCCUCAGCUUCCACCUCCGCCAGGCCCGGAAGACCCGCUGUCCCCAAGCCCUGCGCAGCCCCUGCUGGGCCCCAGCCUGGGUCCUGAUGGGCCAAGGACUUUCUCGCUGUCCCCCUUCCCCAGCCUGGCCCCGGGGGAGAGGCUGGCUGGGGACUCACUGCUAUCCAAACAUAUGAUGGGCCCAGCUGCCUUCAAAGGGGAGACGGGAAACCUGCUGGCAUUCCCCCCGACUUUCUACGGUGGUGCCAAGCCUCCAUCAGCUCCUGCUGCCUCCGUGCCCUGCCCCGAGCCCACAGGGGCCCCGGAGGCUGUGGAUGGGGCUGGGCCAGAGGAGGAGCAGCUGGACACGGCUGAGAUCGCCUUUCAGGUGAAGGAGCAACUUCUCAAGCACAACAUUGGCCAGCGCGUGUUUGGCCACUAUGUGCUGGGACUGUCGCAGGGCUCGGUGAGUGAGAUCCUGGCCCGGCCCAAGCCGUGGCGUAAGCUCACGGUGAAAGGCAAGGAGCCCUUCAUCAAGAUGAAGCAGUUCCUGUCGGAUGAGCAGAAUGUGCUGGCCCUGCGCACCAUCCAGGUGAGGCAGCGAGGCCCCACAGCCGCCACCUUCGUGCCCCUCCCAGGCAGCAUCACCCCGAGAAUCCGCACACCUGAGACAGGCUCGGACGACGCCAUCAAGAGCAUCCUGGAGCAGGCCAAGAAGGAGAUAGAGUCUCAGAAGGGGGGUGAGUCCAAGAACUCCCCAGCCUCCGUGAGCAUCCCCAACGGCACAGCCUCCUCCAGCACCUCGGAAGAUGCCAUCAAGAACAUUCUGGAACAAGCCCGCCGAGAAAUGCAAGCCCAGCAGCAGGCCCUGCUGGAGAUGGAGUCGGGUCCCAGGGGCCGCUCAGUGCCUCCCUCUCCUCCGGAGCGGCCCUCGCCAGCCACUGCGAGCCAGAAUGGGGCCCUGACCUGCGUGAAGCAGGAAGAUGGCGGUGGUGGCAGCGGCAGCAGCAGCACUGUGCAGGCGCCGCUUGCUGUCUUGUCCCCCGCUGCAUUUGUGCAGCGGAUCAUCCGCAAGGUGAAGUCGGAGAUCGGCGAUGCCGGCUACUUUGACCACCACUGGGCAUCAGACCGUGGUUUGCUCAGCCGUCCCUAUGCCUCCGUGUCGCCCUCCCUCUCCUCCUCCUCCAGCUACUCCGGACAGCCCAAUGGGCGAGCCUGGCCUCGUGGGGACGAGGCAACCAUCGCCCCUGAGGACGAAGCAGCUAUGGGCGAGGACGAGGCCCCCAGGGUGGGAGAGCUCAAGGCCGAGGCCGGAGCCCCGGAGGUGGGCGGCGGGCGACUGCCCUACUAUCCAGCAUACGUGCCCCGCACACUCAAACCCACUGUGCCGCCCCUGACACCCGAGCAGUAUGAACUGUACAUGUACCGGGAGGUAGACACGCUGGAGUUGACACGCCAGGUCAAGGAGAAGCUAGCCAAGAACGGCAUCUGCCAGCGCAUCUUUGGGGAGAAGGUCCUGGGACUGUCUCAGGGUAGCGUGAGUGACAUGCUGUCACGGCCAAAGCCAUGGAGCAAGCUGACACAGAAGGGCCGGGAGCCUUUUAUCCGGAUGCAGUUGUGGCUGUCGGACCAGCUGGGCCAGGGCCAGGGCCAAGCCCCAACCCAGCAGCCCAGCGCUAGCCAAGCCAGUCCCACGGAGCCAACCUCCUCCCCAUCGCCUCCCCCAAGCCCCACGGAGCCUGAAAAGACGUCCCAGGAGCCUCUGGGCCUGUCGCUGGAAAGCAGCAAGGAGAAUCAGCAGCCCGAAGGCCGGGCCAGCUCCUCCCUGGGUGGGAAGCCCUUCUCAAGCAGCCAGGCUGCGGGGGGCAUCCAGGAGAUGGUGGCCAUGUCCCCAGAGCUGGACACAUACUCCAUCACCAAGAGAGUCAAGGAGGUCCUCACCGACAACAACCUAGGGCAGCGGCUGUUUGGUGAGAGCAUCUUGGGGUUGACCCAGGGCUCCGUGUCAGAUCUGCUGUCGAGGCCCAAGCCCUGGCACAAACUGAGCUUGAAGGGCCGGGAGCCCUUUGUGCGUAUGCAGCUGUGGCUGAGUGACCCCCACAACGUGGAGAAGCUUCGGGACAUGAAGAAGCUGGAGAAGAAAGCCUAUCUGAAGCGCCGCUAUGGGCUCAUCGGCACCGGCUCGGACAGCGAGUCACCGGCUGCGCACUCCGAGUGCCCCAGCCCGUGUUUGCAGCCCCAGGAGUUGAGUCUCAUGCAGGCCAAGAAGCCCAGGGUGGUGCUGGCGCCCGCCGAGAAGGAGGCUCUGCGGAAGGCCUACCAGCUCGAGCCGUACCCCUCGCAGCAGACCAUAGAGCUGCUCUCCUUCCAACUCAACCUCAAGACGAACACCGUCAUCAACUGGUUCCACAACUACAGGUCCAGGAUGCGCCGUGAAAUGCUGGUGGAGGGGACACAGGAUGAUCCUGACUUUGACCCGAGUGGGGGUCCCAAUGUCCUGACGCCAGGCCACACCCACAGAGAGCCCACCCCACAGAGCCCCGACUCAGAGACUGAGGACCAAAAGCCCCCCAUGAAGAGCUUAGAGCUGCAAGAGCCUGAGGGUCCCCUACAGCGAGCUGCCCCAGACAGGGCUCUGGUGAAGAUCAAACAGGAAGAGGGUUUGGAGGUGGAUGGAGACAGCCAGCCCCAGGAUGUGGGGGAUCCAGACCGAGGGCAAGAUGGCCCCAAAGAGGAGCAUACCCACCCUCUGGGAAACAGUGACCUCUCAGAGCUGGCCCCAGGGCCCUUUCUUUCAGGCACACCCAAUCCAGACUGUCCUUCAUUGCACAACCCCCAAGAAAAGGGGACUGGGGAACAGGUUCACUCAGAGCCUCUGAGUUUCAAGUCCACCUCCGAAUCCUCCUGCUGCAGCCUGGAGGGGCCACCGAACUCUCCCUCUGUCAUCUCCUCGCCAGACCUCACGACAUGUGUGUCACCUGCCCCUUCCUCCUCAGCCCCCAUCUCCCCAUCCUUACCUGGUGCCCCACCUGCCAAAGUGCCGAGUACCAGCCCCACUGGUGACACAGCCGCAGCCUUGCACCCCAGCACUAAGGUGAACCCCAACUUGCAGCGGCGGCAUGAGAAAAUGGCCAACUUGAACAGUAUAAUCUACCGGCUGGAGAGGGCUGCCAACCGGGAAGAGGUCCUGGAGUGGGAAUUCUGAAGCUGGGGUUGAGGGACAUAGCCCCAGAGGUCACCUUCCCUCUCUCCCUCCCUCCCUCUCCCAGAUGUGGUGGGGUCCAGAGAGGCAAGAACUCAGCCAUGCAGAUGUGGACAACAAAGUUAAGCCGUUUACGUUUAUUGUUGUAUCACUAGUUACCUGAAGUUGUGUGUGAGCAGAUGCCGCCGCCUCUUCUUUCUGAUGGCCCUGCUCGUAGGAGGCGCUGGAAUCCUGCCCUCAUCCUCGCCCCUGUGGGAAGGCAGGGCCAAAAAGGUACCACAUUCUCACUCAAAAAAAAACAAACUCCAAACUCUUUUAGAAAAAUAAAGAAAUAUUUAUAGACCUCUUUCAGCUAUUUUAAUAAAGGAUCCUUUGGAAUUUAUCCCCAGCCGAUGCUGUUUUGAUAUUAGAGAGUUAUAAAGUCAGAUGCUGUCACUGCUGUCGUGGAGCAGACACAGAAGUUGUGUCCUUUUUUUUUUUUUUUUUUUUUUUGCCAUGAGAUGAGAUUAAAAGGAGAUGAUUACGCAAAGCCAUCACAAAACACUAAAGACGGACCAAAUUCAGAGAACCCUUGGACUGCAAGUUUGGUUGAUUUUUCUUUUUUUUUUUUUUUUGCCCUCAUGCCUGACUGUGAGACAUGGCACUAUGCCAGUGCCCUUCCAGAGCCUGUGUUGCAAAGAGAAAGUCCAAAAGACUCUAAAUGAAAACCUGGGUGCUGCUAAGGAUGGGACAGUGCUGGAGGGCUGUCUGCCUCCUCCACAUCACAGGAGGUCCUAGUGCUGGUAGAGAUGUUGCCCUUAGCGAAUGUGGUAUCACAAAGGCCUCCACUCCCUGAGUUGGAAGCCUUCUAUCCCAAAUGAGUACAGACAACAUGUCUCCAGAACCUUCAGAAAGCUGUGGGGGGUGGGGGGAAGGUGUUCUAAGAGAACUGUUAAUGUCGAGUGGCCCUGGCUCCCAUCCUGAAUUGUGGCUGCACUUAGAAGGCUUCUCCUAUGAUCUGAGCCAGGUACUUCACUCCAGAGAACACUGUGGCUUCCAUCUUCCUUGUUUCCAGAAAGGGCAAGCAUUAGUCCGCCGUAGCCCCCCAAAGCUUAGCAACCAGCUCCAAACACUAGACGAACCCAGUCAGAAACCUCAACUCCAUUCUCACCAUCUUCUUCCUCCGUUGGUGUCAUCCCUGGAAGGUGUCCACGGGUCUGCGGAACUUGGUACGGCUAACAUCACCACAGCACAGCCACCAUAUCCCUGUCUCUUGGUCUGUUCUCUUUUUCUGCACAAGAUCUGCUUGGGAUUGAAGAUAGGGCCUCCCCUAACACAGAAGCAAUCUCUUCCAGCAUCCUGAUUGUGAUCUCCAGCGACAAAGGUUCCCAUUGGAUGAGACAGCCUCUGUAUCUACCUUUGAAUCUCCAGCUUUUUCCGUUUUUUUUUUUUUUUUUUUUUUUUUUUUCCCAAACGGUGGAAGUUGAACUGGUGACUGAUGAUGUACAUGUGGCCAUCUCUGUGGCCAUUCCAGUGCUUGAGGGGGAAAAAAACGGCCACUCCAUGCAGUGACUAUCAUGUGAGCCAAAAGGUUUCCAGAAAGGAAAAAAAAAAAAAAAGAUAAGGAACGUUCCGGAACUUUGAACUCUCAUGCACCCAGUCCAGGCUACAGAUGAUCAACAUCAAACAGGCCCUGGAAAACCUCCUUUUCCACACCAUAAUCCUGGCUAUGCAUUGAGAAGUUUUCCACUCUAUACAUUUUUAUCCAGAGGAGGGUAUUUUUAUAUUUUGACACUAGAAAACCAGGCUGAGUUUCCUGAGGAGUCCAUUCUGGGACAAAUGAACCCCUGUCUCAGCCUCCGCCGCCCCACCUUCACCCCCCCACCCCCGUUGCAACACACCCACUGGGAGACCACGUCUCUUUCUGCCUUGAAAUGCCACAUUGAGUCAAUGUACGACACAUACAGAGAUGCGGCUCAGCAGAAUUCACUGCGGCUUUGGCUCGAGUGCGAUGGGAUCGGGUGUGACCUUUGAACACAGAAAUCUGGUUGUGCGGAAGUCCAUAGAUCUGCAAACAGAUCCGUCCACUCCACAUCCUAUAGUGGUUUAAAAAGAGAAAAUACACACACACACACAACUGUUUCUAUGAGAGAUUGAUGAACUUUGUCUAAAAUUUUAAAAAAGGGGGACACAUUCUGUAAACACGUCUCUAAAUACAGAAUUGUAUAAUAAUCCUGGGUGUCCCCAUUUGUUCUGGAGCUUGGGCACAAGAUGGGGUCAGAGUUGGUUCUCAGAAGUGUUGUAAAACUGACUGGGGGGGGCAUAUUUUUGCUGUGGGAGUAUGGGUGGUGGCCUUUUUUUUUUUUUUUUUUAAAGACAAGGGCUCACUUUAAAGCUCUGGCUGGCCUGGAACUCAGAAAGAUCUGCCUGCCUCUGCCUCCUGAGUUUUUGGAUUGAUUUUUAUUAUUAUUUGGGUGUGUGGUGUGUGAGCAUGGACACGCGUGUGAAGAUCAGAGGACAACUUGCCAGAGGUGGUCCUCUUUCAUUAUGUGGGUUCCAAGGAAUCGAACUAGGGCCGUAUGUGAGGCUUGCAUAACCAGUGUCUUAACCGCCUCAGCAGCUCCGAAUCGUGUAUAUAUAAAAGCCAGGCUUUUGGA